AUGCGCUUCGGCAAGACCCUGCAGACGUCGGUCUAUCCGCCAUGGAAGGACCACUACAUCGACUACCGAGCUCUCAAGAAGCUGCUCCGCGAGCAUGAGGGAUCUGAGGAUGGCGACGAGGGCGAGGGCAGGCCGUGGACCGACGAGGAUGAGGAGAACUUCGUGCAGGAGCUAAUCAACGUCCAGCUCGACAAGGUCAACUCGUUUCAGGUCGAGACUCACAAGAGACUGCGGGAGCUGACAGCCGAGUGCGAGGCCGCGUUGGAGCCAGUGGCCGCACAGCAGGGCGAGGCAAAGCUGGAGAACGUGAAGAAGAACGAGGCCGUCGCGCAGGAGACUCUCAGCAAGCUCGACCGCAUCACCGAGGAGCUGGGCGAGCUCGAGAAGUUCAGCCGAAUCAACUUCACCGGCUUCCUGAAAGCGGCCAAGAAGCACGACCGCAAGCGUGGAGCCAAGUACAAGGUCCGCCCGCUGCUGCAGGUCCGCAUGUCGCAGCUCCCAUUCAACUCGGAGGACUACUCGCCGCUGCUGUACCGCUUGUCGGCCAUGUUCUCGUUCGUCAGGUCCAUCCUGGGAACGGAGGGACAGCCAAUGCCCAAGGAUGGGCCCGCGGUUGAUACCCAGACCGGCCGUGAGACAUAUACCUCCCACAAGUUCUGGGUCCACGCCGACAACCUGCUGGAGGUCAAGACCUACAUUCUGCGCCGUCUGCCCGUGCUUGUCUAUAACCCGAAUACCUCAAAGGAGCUCGAUGUCGCCCAACGGGACCCCUCGCUCACCUCGCUCUAUUUUGACAACCGCUCGUUCGACCUGUAUAACCAAAAGGUAGCAAACAAACCCGCAGCCGGUUCCCUUCGCCUGCGCUGGACUGGCCACCUCAGCGACCAGGUUGAGGUCUACCUGGAGAAGAAGAUAAUGAACGAUGGCGACAGCAGCCGCGAGAUCAGGAUCCGUCUCAAGAAGAAACAUAUCAAUGCCUUCCUCAACGGAUCCUAUAAGAUGGAGAAAAUCAUCCACAAGAUCGAGAUUCAAGGCAAUGGCGAUCCUCAGCGUGCUGAUAACCUCAAACGAGAUGUUGAAGAGAUCCAGGAGUUUAUCAAGAGCCAUGGGUUGGAGCCCAUGGUUCGUGCAAACUAUACCCACACCGCAUUCCAGAUCCCUGGUGACGAUCGCCUCCGUAUCUCCCUCGACACGGACCUAGCCCUUAUCCGCGAGGACACUCUAGAUUUCGAGCGUCCAUGCCGUGAGCCCGAGGACUGGCAUCGUCCAGAUAUCGAUAGCCGAAGAAUGGAAUUCCCCUUCUCAGAAAUUCCUCGCGGUGAGAUCUCGCGCUUCCCUCAUGCGCUUCUAGAGAUUAAGAUCCGCAAUACUAGUGGUAAGCGUCGUGGAAGCAAUGUUGAGGCCUGGCUCUCCGACCUCAUGUCAUCCCAUCUUGUCAAGGAAGCGCCACGCUUCUCCAAGUUCGUUCAUGGUGUCGCGCAGCUGUUCGAAGAUCACAUCAACAGCUUCCCCUUCUGGCUUAGCGAUCUCGACACGGAUAUCAGACAAGAUCCAGAAACUGCCUUCCAGCAAGAACAAGAACGGAUUGCCAAGCAAGCAGAGGAUGAGCUCGCUGUUGGCAGCUUCCUUGGUAGCCGCCAGACGAUUCCUAGCAUCCAGCACCUCGUCGGCUCCCCUAUCAGCCACAUGAUGACAGAAGAGUCAACUCCCAAGACCCAAAUUCGCAUCCAGGGGGUAGUUCAGCCUACCUCCCCUCGUCCCGAGGCUCUAUCUCAGUCCCAGUCCCAGUCUGAGUUAACUCCCAGAGCUCCCAUUCCCGAGCUUAGUCUGCCUCCAUCUACCGAGCAGGCCAACGGAGCCCAGCCUCAACCGUCAUCCCGGCCGACAUCCUCGUUGCUUCGCAUCCCAUUCUCCAUGUCCCGCUAUGCCCUUGCCCAUCGCUCUCCCCAACCCCAGCUACCCUCUGGUGUCUCUAUGCCAAGCUACUGGCUCAAGGACACCGGCCCCGUCCGUGUAGAAGCUAAAGUUUGGCUCGCCAACCAACGUACCUUCGUCAAAUGGCAGCAUAUUUGCAUUCUCCUCGCUGGUAUAUCACUCACAAUGUAUAAUGCCGCCGGACCUGACAAAACUAUCACCCGCUAUCUAGCGCUCGUUUAUACUGGUUUCUCCAUCUUUACUGGAGCCUGGGGAUGGUGGAUGUAUGAGUCUCGUUCGCGACUGAUCCGAGAACGCAGUGGCAAGGACUUUGAUAAUGUCAUUGGGCCUCUUGUCGUCUGUCUGGGUAUUGCAGUCGCUUUGGUGUUAAAUUUCUGGUUCAAGUAUGCUUCUAUUGUCUGGGCAGACCCUGCUCCGAACGCACCGUCACCAACCGGAAACAUCGCCGAAGCUGCUCCAUUUAUGACAGCUCGGCCUCAAUUCCAGGCCCAGCCAAACGUCUAA